GUAUUUUCUUUUUGCCAUUUAUAUGGAAGAGGGUAUCUUCCGACUUUUCCCGCUGCCCGACACUCUCUACACCAAAAUUUCUUCUGCGAAAAUGCGUUCCCAAUUCAUUUUCUCGCUAUCAAUCUGUGUACUAUGUCCGUUUCUCUUGAUCGACGCUCGAAUUUUCAGUCUCGAAAUGCACCACCGAUUUUCCGAUCCAAUGAAGGAGUGGUCCCGCCGGAGCAGAACCAACUCUCAGGUUCACAAUUGGCCGGAAAAGGGGACCAUCGAGUACUACGCGCUUCUGGCGAGCCACGACCACGCGCUUCAUCGCCGGACUUUGUCGACCCUUGAUGGUGGUGGUGCCCUCACUUUCUCCGACGGCAAUGCCACUUUCCGAAUCAGCUCUUUAGGAUUUUUGCACUACACAACGGUCAUGUUGGGAACUCCCGGGAUGAAGUUUCUCGUGGCGCUUGAUACAGGGAGUGAUUUGUUUUGGGUUCCCUGCCAUUGUGUGAAAUGCGCGUCUACGAUUGAUUCCCCUUAUACGUAUGAUUUUGGGCUUAGUAUAUAUGAUCAAGAAAGAUCAUCUACGAGCAAAAAUGUCACAUGCAAUAAUGACCUGUGCACGUAUUACGAUAGCUGCAAUGAUGCAUCUAGUCUUUGCCCUUACUAUGUUUCUUAUGUCUCAUCAGAAACUUCGACUUCUGGAAUUCUGUUGGAAGAUGUCCUGCACUUACGGACCUUAGAUAAUGAUCAGGAGUUUAUACAAGCAUAUGUUACGUUUGGCUGUGGACAGGUCCAAACUGGUUCGUUCAUUGAUAUCGCAGCUCCAAAUGGUCUAUUUGGAUUAGGUUUUGAGAAAGUAUCAGUUCCGAGUGUUUUGUUCAGAGAAGGUUAUGCAGCAAACUCUUUCUCCAUGUGCUUUGGACAAGAUGGGAAAGGGAGGAUUAAUUUUGGAGACAAGGGUAGCCUUGACCAAGAAGAGACCCCCUUUAAUAUGAACUCUUUACACCCAACCUAUAACGUUAAUGUCAAUCAAGUUCGUGUGGGGACCACUGUACUCGAUUUGAAGUUCACUGCAGUUUUUGAUACCGGCACCUCCUUUACGUAUCUUGUUGACCCUUCAUACACAAUGCUUUCAGACAGUUUCCAUUUACAUGUACGGGAUAAGCGGCGUCCACCUGAUCCAAGAAUGCCUUUUGAGUACUGUUAUAUUAUGAGCUCCAACACAAGCACCAGUUUGAUUCCUGGUAUGAGCCUGACACUAGAUGGGGGAGGACAGAUGGUUGUAUAUGAUCCAAUAAUUGUUAUCUCUAAUCCGCAUGAGUUUGUAUAUUGUCUGGCUAUUGUCAAGAGUCAAGAACUCAAUAUAAUUGGGCAAAAUUUCAUGACCGGCUACCGCAUUGUGUUUGAUCGGGAAAAACUCGUCCUUGGUUGGAAGAAAUUCGACUGCUACGGCAUCGAUGACAAUUCCAAAGCAUUGGGACCUAAACCUGUAAACUAUGCCAGUAUGCCACCUCUACCUGAUAACUACACUCGAUCCAACGAACCGAACAGAAAUACUGCUCCAAAAUUAUUUGCAUCUUCAUUGUACAUACACUCUAUACUUGAUCUGAUUCAUUCCCUUUUAAUAUCUCUCGUCUUAGCUUUUCAAUGGCUAUAACCAAUAUACCGUCCUUUAGUUUCCCGUAAAAGUGACAGGCUGGAAGUUUUGCAUAGGAUUGGCCGUUGGCCUGGUUGUAUCAGAACUCCGAGAGAUGGAUGAUUGAAUGUAAAGACAUAUUCGGAAGGGCAUAUAUGUUAGUUCAGAAAAAAAAGGUACGAGUUUUUUGUUUGAAAAUGAUAUUUCAUCGUUUAUUUUUUCUUCCAUCAUCGUUCAUGUCAUGUGUACGUAAAAUAAUAUACAGAGAUGAAUAAUUGCUGUGCAAUAUUUAGCUCUCUGGGUUUGUUAAAACUGAAA